AUGUCAGACAAAAAUUCUGAUAUAAACAUUUCGGAAACAAGCCUAAUAAACAAGGCUACAUCUUCAUCAAAUAAUCUAACGGAAAGAAUUCACACAAGUACUACAAAUGACUACAUAAAUGAAAAGCUAGGAAGUGUUGAAGAAGUUUCAUCCUUUGACUAUGUUCAAGAAGCAGCAAAAACAGGCCGUUUUCGUAGAUGGGCAGACUCUUUCAAGAGAGCUGAGAAAUCCACUGAAGCUGAAGAUGGUGAGUCAGGAAGUAUUUAUAAUGGUAAUGAAAGCACAGAAUUGAAAAAGGCUAUGAAAUCAAGACAUGUCGUCAUGAUGUCUUUAGGUACUGGUAUUGGUACUGGUUUAUUGGUUGCUAACGCUAAAGGUUUAGCCAUCAGUGGACCUGCACCAUUAGUCAUCGGUUACGGCUUAGUCUCUUUCAUUACAUAUUUUAUGAUUCAAGCAGCUGGUGAACUAGGUGUCACCUAUGCAUCAUUACCAGGUAACUUCAAUGUCUAUUUCGGUACUUUAGUUUCUAGACCAUUUGGUUUCGCUACAGUAUGGCUUGCUUCUGUUCAAUGGUUAACAGUUAUCCCAUUAGAAUUGAUUACUUGUGCAAUUACUAUUAAAUAUUGGACAGAAAAAGUGAAUGGUGACAUUUUCGUUUUAAUCAUUUACGUUUUCUUAUUGUUCAUUCAUAUAUUCGGUGUGAAGGCGUAUGGUGAGGCUGAAUUUUUAUUCAACACGUGCAAAAUUCUAAUGAUUGCAGGUUUUAUUAUUUUAUCCAUUGUGAUUAAUGUUGGUGGUGCAGGCAAUGACGGUUAUAUUGGUGGUUCUUACUGGAAUAACCCAGGUGCCUUCGCAAGUGACAAUGCAGCCUCGAGAUUCAAGAGUAUAUGUUACAUUUUAGUCACAGGUUAUUUCUCCUACGGUGGUACUGAAUUAUUUGUUUUAUCAGUCAAUGAACAAGAAAAUCCAAGAAAAUCCACACCACAAGCUGCUAAGCAUUCAAUCUACAGAAUUCUUGUCAUCUACCUACUGACUAUGAUUUUAAUUGGUUUCAAUGUUCCUCAUGAUAGCGAUCAAUUGAUGGGAUCAGCAGGUUCUUCUGCUCAUGCUUCUCCUUACGUUUUAGCGGCAUCUCUUCAUGGUGUAAAAGUUGUACCACAUUUCAUCAAUGCUGUUAUUUUAAUUGCUCUUAUCUCUGUAGCUAAUUCGUCCUUAUAUGCUGCCCCAAGAAUGAUGGUUUCAUUAGCACAACAAGGUUUCGCACCAAAAUUCUUAACGUAUGUUGAUAGAGAAGGUAGACCAUUAUUAGGUAUUGCCGUCUGUGCUGUUUUCGGUGUAAUUGGGUUUGCUGCAAGUUCUGACAAAGAAGAAGAUGUUUUCACUUGGUUGGCUGCUAUAGCUGGUUUAAGUGAAUUGUUUACAUGGAGUGCAUUUUUCCUUUCCCACAUUCGUUUCAGACAAGCUAUGAAAGUUCAAGGCAAAAAUAUAAAAGAAUGUGGUUAUUUAUCUGUAACUGGUAUUUGGGGCUCUAUAAUAGGUCUCUGCUUCAAUAUUUUAGUCUUCAUAGCUCAAUUUUGGGUAGCUUUAUCACCAAUUGGUAACGACGGUAAAUGUGAUGCCCAAGCAUUCUUUCAAAGUUAUCUAGCUUUCCCAAUUUGGUUAGCUUUCUAUUUUGGGUGUAUGUUUUACUAUAAAGACUACACUUUAUUAAAUCCACUAGAAAGUAUAGAUCUUGAUGAUCAUAGACGUAUCUACGAUCCGGAAGAAUUAAAAAAAGAGGACUUAGCAACAAAAGCAGAAUUAAAACGUAGAGGUUUCCACGCUCAAUUAGUUGCUUUCUUCUGUUAG